CAAAUGAUAAAUAAGUUCUUCGAGGCAUGACCCGGAGCAAAGAUGGUUCGAUCUUUUACCAAAGGAACACUGCUCUUAUCCCCAGACGUGUUGACAACAAAAAGGAAUUUUGAGCAGCAAUAAGUGAAAGUCUUCAAUCCAAAAAGAAACGAAGGUAGACAUGCGUUCUUUCUGUUUGCUGCUCUGCGGCCUGUUGCUGGCUGGUGUUGCCGAGUCCUUUGCUCCACACAGUCUUUUCUACAAUGGAGUUGCCACGGGCCGUCGCGCCGAKAAGUGCCUCUUUAAUUCCGCCGGUGAUAACGACGACGAAACAUACGUGGAGGGUGACCAGGAUCCAGACUCCAUCGCCCGUAGGGACCUGAUAUACAACGUUAUCGGUGCGGGAUUGAUCGGUGCCUCGGGCGUUGCGAGCUAUUCCCUCUUUCAGUCCAAUGUCUACACACCGUCCGGGAUGCAGCGCCUUCCCCGCACACAAUUCAUCGCCGCGCUUGGGGAUCCCUCGGCGUCAGAAGGAAUCAUCGCGGAGAGUGGCCAGUGGGGGCUCUGGCCUGUUGACCCGGGUCCGCGCGGGGUCUGGCUGAAGGACUACAAGGCUGAUAUUCUCCAGAGCAGUACCGGAAAGUAUAAGGCCCCCGCAGGAUGGACCUUCGACCCUCAGAACUGGUGGCUGGAGGAGCACGGCCUAAUCAUGGAGGCACCCGAUUUCCCGCUGAAGGAGGGGAAAUACCUAGUGACCGGAGGGCGAAUGGUAACGACGACUCUUACGAUCGAAAAAGGCGGGAGGUGGAAGCUGGACGAGGGAACCCUCUACGAUGUCACACACCUCCCCUGUCGAUCGGCACGGUACCAGCCCAUCCAAGGGGGGGACGAGGGAGCGGGUACCCCCACCGCAGCAAACCCUAGAGACUUCCCUGUCAUUCCCGGUGCCAUCAUGCCAUCUGUUCCGGGAGCGAGGCAACAAGAUUAUGCGGUCCUCUUUGUUGUCGGGAAAGCCGCAUAGUAUUUGCGUAUAGCAUUUUUGCGUGUUAAAUUAUGUUUAACAUCGCAACAAUUGUUGCAUACCAACGUAGGUUGUGAUGUAUCAGUAAAGAAAAACGCUGCCUCAUUCGAUCCAUCCAUAUAUCAACAGAAUCAUAGAUAUUGCUUAUUUUUUGUACUUCAUUAUUGAAAUAGUUUCGUUUUGAAACUGAUUUAGAACCUAGGCGAAGCCAAUGUUUGGUCAGGGGCUGUUUAUCCGACCUUCCAGUUUCCACAUUGGCGAAUGCCGACAACGAGUUCUUUCGACGUUCUCUAGAAGUCGACAUUCCGAUUCCACCGUAAUUUCAGAUCCAACCAAAUUAAAACAGAUUUCUCCAUAUUGUGCUCAUUCCCAAAGACGCUCAGCGAUCAGUGGUUCCGCACUCGAUUUAUUAUCAUUUUAUUCUUGUGUUGCCGAAAGAAAUCACGCCCGGUUCA